AUGGGACGUAGUGACGGGUUGAUGGAGGCUGAGUACGGCGAGGUGGUGGCGGGGUGCGAGGUGCGUCGCGACGCUGCCAUGGACGCCCUGGAGCCGCUGCACCCGCUCGACCCGCCGCCGCCCGACGUGCUGCUCGCACUGCUCGCCAGAAACAAAGCACUCGAAGCCAGUAUCCCGAAAUGCGGCGGCUGUCACGAGAUGAUCGUGGACCGGUACGUGCUGAAGGUGUCGGACCGCACGUGGCACGCCGGCUGUCUGCGCUGCGUCGAGUGCCGAGCCAUGCUGUCAGGGAAAUGCUUCGCCAGGAAUAAUCAGCUGUACUGCACCGAUGACUUCUUCAAUCCCAGGCGGUUCGGCACCAAGUGCGCUGGCUGCGGGCAGGGCAUCCCCCCCACCCAGGUGGUGCGGCGAGCGCAGUCCCACGUCUACCAUCUGCGCUGCUUCGCCUGCGCCGCCUGCGCAAGAACCCUCAACACUGGCGACGAGUUCUAUCUCAUGGAAGACGGCAAGCUUGUCUGUAAACCUGAUUAUGAAGCCGCCAGAGCAAAAGGAAAAGAAAAUGGCAAAAUCUACAUCAAAAUCACUUGUAAUGUGCAAUGUCCAGGCGGCGAGGGUUCGUUAGACGGGGACGCGGCGAGCAAGAGGCCUCGGACCACCAUCACGGCCAAGCAGUUGGAGACCUUGAAGAAUGCGUACAGCAGUAGUCCAAAGCCGGCGCGCCAUGUACGGGAACAGCUGGCGCAUGACACGGGGCUGGAUAUGAGGGUGGUGCAGGUCUGGUUCCAAAACAGACGAGCCAAAGAGAAGCGACUAAAGAAAGACGCGGGUCGCACGCGCUGGUCUCAAUACUUCAGAUCUAUGAAGAGUGGCAGCGGCUCUCCCCGUCACGACCGACUACUGGACAAGGAUGAGCUCAAGAUAGACCUCGACUCCUUUAGUCAUCACGAGCUAAGUAACGACAGCUACAGCACCGUAGCGCUGGGCGGGGAGGAGGGCUCCCCGGCGGGAGGCGGCGCGGCGGCAGGGGGGGCGCGCUACGCCGCUACGCCGCCGUACCUGCGCGCGCACUCACCGCCGCAUCCUCACUACCACUACCCGCCGGACCAUCUUGUCUACACCAAUAUAGGCCAAGCAAUGAGCGGUGCAGGCAUCGGGGGCGCAGGAGGCGCGGGAGGUGCCUCCGACCUGAGCAGUUCAUCAUCACCCGCAGCAGGCGGCUACCCCGACUUCCCGCCGUCGCCCGACUCGUGGCUGGGCGAGGCGCACCACUAUUCCCCGCGCGCCUUCCCCUAGCGGCGGCCGCCGCCGGCGCACGCGCACCCCGC